AAAUCAGACGGACCUUCUUCCUGUUUUGAUUAAUUUCCCCCCUGUGUCAGAAGGAACAGUGAUGAUGAGGAUGAAGAUGAGGAUGAUCGCAGCGCUCUGGGCGUUUAUCUCUACAUAACUCCAUCUUGUUCUUUACUUUUGUUUUGUUUUCUCAUCCCGGGGAGUUACGUAUAAAGCAGGUCGUCAUGUCUCUGAGUUCGGGUGUCUGGGCUCCGGUUUUUCCGGCUCCGGCGCUCCAGCAGGGCUCGGGCUCGGGCUCAGGCUGCGGCACGGUGCUGAUGUCAGUGCGGGUGUCGGUGUUACGGGGGACGCUACGGAACCUGCGCCCGCUCCGCUCUCCCGGUGCCGUCGAGGAUGACGCAGCUCUCCGCCUGCAGCUCAGCAUGGACCCGAACCGGCCCGGAGACUUCCGCCUCACCCUCAGAGACUCCGGCAGUAACGGCAGGAUCAUGUCUCUGGCAGAGUUCGAGCUGCGUGCGGUGAGAUAUGAGAUCAAGUCGCCUCGCUGCCACGAGCUGUAUGUCAUCAAGCCACCGCACGACACAUUGACCUUCACUUUCCGCAGCGAGCAGGAGGCCCAGGAGUGGGCCACCGUCAUGAUCUCAUCACUGAGGGAAGCCCACAGAGUCGCAGGCAUCGCUUCUCAUCCCACUGAGGACUCAGUACCUUAUCUGCAACCCACAGAGCAGAGUGCAACCUUGUCAUUGUCAGCUAAAGAGGAGCUGUGUGCUGAGCUGGCCAGAGCCAUCAAGGCUGGAGAUGCUCAGGCGGCGAUGCAGCAUGCUACAUCACUGGCACAUCAGCAGAUGGCGCUCACCAUCCAGUCGGCUCAAAAGGACUCUGAAGACGACGAGAUCAGCUUAGCAGUUGCGGUUGAAGAUGCCACGUCAUCCUGUUGCGUCACGGUGAAAGUCGCCCCCCACAUGACUGUCGCGUCUCUCAAGCAGCAGAUGUUUGCCGAAUACGGUUUCCACCCGCGAGUGCAGCGCUGGGUCAUAGGUCAGUGUUUGUGCUCUGAGCAGCGCUCUCUGGUGUCGUACGGCAUCUGUCGAGACGGAGACACUGCUUUUCUCUACCUCCUCUCGGCACGGCACGCCGGGGUCAGCCGACUGCAGUGCCAGCAGGACCAGGAGAGCGCCCUCCUCGCACCCGCUCCCAAACCGGCACCGACCCCGGCACCAGUCAGCCACGACUGGAGAGGAUACAGCACGCUGCCUCCCCGACUCCAUCACACCAACACAGGCAGCAGUGGGGGCGGAGCUGGGAAGCACAGCAUCGGUGACAUCAUGAACCUAGAGAGACUGCAGCUGCGUAACCCCGGGGUGAGACCAACAAACACACAGCUGGGUUGGUCGUGUCCUUCAUGCACGUUCAUAAACAAGUCAACAAGGCCCGGCUGUGAAAUCUGCAGUACAGAAAGACCCGCUCGACUGGAGCUCAGUGCGUCUGAAGAGGCGGCUCUUCUGCUAUAAGAGCUCUCCGGACAACACUGUGAACUUUUUCAGCUGUAAGGAGGCCAGUACAGACAUGGAAAGGAUAUAUCCAUGUUACACGCCUCUAGCUAGCAGAGGAUUCAAUGUGCUGAGAGGACUGAAGUGAGGAAAAAGCCUCCCUGAACUCUAGGAACUCUUGACAUAUCUAGGAAUCUCUAGUGCAUGCUAUGUGCCAUGUUCUUUUAUUGGAGUCGCCAUCUUUCAAAGACUCACAACUGUGCUGAGAUCAGCUGAACGAUGGAAACGAAAAUGAAACUUCACAAUGGAGAUCAUCAAACAUCAGCUACUGUCCAUAGAGUGCAGUGUCUCUACAAAUAAGUUUUUAUUAAAAGUACCCCUGAAUUUUUGUUUUUCUUUUAGUAAGCAAUAAAUCACACGUGGGAUAAGAAAAUGGUCAAUGAGCAGGUGAUGUGAUAAAGUGUGAUAAACUGUUACCGCUGUGACGUUGUUUGUUUUCCAAGUUGUUUUUAAAGAAAAUGCAUCGUACUUGUACUCAUUUACAGUUAGGUUUAACGUUGUGGAAUGUCUGUGACACGAGUUCCUUACAGCAGCUUACAUUACAGCAGCUAUAAACACUUGUUUUCCUCACCAGCCUUUUCUUAACCGCAAACUCCUCUGUAGCCUCCUCUGUCCCGUAGCAGAAAACUUACCGACUGUAACAAAGAAUCCUUCGUAAAUGUUAGAAGUCUCCUUCUGGAAAACGUCUCACUUUCAGCGAUUUAUACAUCUUUUGCUAAAUAACAUGUUUCAUUUUUUUUUUUUUUUUCACUUUUAGGUUGUGAGGAACGUCCAAUAAAUUCCAUGCACACAUUGUUACUACAGAAAAAUCAAUUUAUUAGAACGAGCACAAUUUACAAAUCUUGUAAAUUACAAAUACUGUCAGACUUGCUGUUACAGAAAAUCGGUAACCUUCCGACCAAUCAGAAUUGAGAAAUUGGCAUUUCGGUCACAAAUUUAUCCGGUUAGCUUAAAGAUCUCCGAUUCGGUAUCCAAAUGAUUAUAAUGAUUAUACUGAGGAGAAUGUGAUACUCGUACAAGACUCAAGAAAUCUUAGUUGAUGCUAGAAGAACUUUUGCUAUUUAAAUUCCAUUUAAAGUGCUAGUGUUUGUAAUGGUUUCCAUAAACGAUGUUAAACGAUGUUAAAUGCAGCACGAUCACAAAAACCUGAAGAUUAAUAGUAUUGACCUGGGUGAGGGGCAUUUCAAUUUUAUCAUAUUCAUGCAUAUGUUUUCAUGCAUGUGUAGAGAUGCUCCAAUUUUUUUAUUUUUUUUGUAGUUUUGAAUAAUUUGUACA